AUGUCGAUGGCUCAGCAAGCAGCUAUGGCAGCCACUGUACCUUCGGGACACAUUGAUAGAGUGGUAAACUCGGUGACAGACGCUACAAAACGGCUUUCUCAGAUUUCCUCUAGCACAACAAACACCACCACACAGUCCUCAAAACGACGGUCUCGGGACACUAUUGGACCUUGGAAGCUGGGCAAGACACUGGGGAAGGGCUCCAGUGGGCGCGUGCGACUCGCAAAGAACAUGGAGACGGGCAAACUCGCCGCAGUCAAGAUUGUUCCCAAGGCGAAGUCGUCAAGGCCAAGCGCGCUGCCCUACGGGAUCGAGCGCGAAAUCAUCAUUAUGAAGCUCAUCUCCCAUCCAAAUGUGAUGGGACUGUACGAGGUGUGGGAGAACAAGUUCGAGCUGUUUCUGGUCCUCGAAUAUGUGGAUGGUGGUGAGCUUUUCGACUAUCUAGUGUCGCGUGGACGGCUACCGGAGAUUGAGGCUAUUCACUAUUUUAGACAGAUUAUAGAAGGUACAGCCUAUUGUCACGGUUUUAAUAUUUGCCAUCGCGAUUUGAAGCCUGAAAAUUUACUGCUAGACAAGAAAAACAAGCGCAUCAAGAUCGCAGAUUUUGGUAUGGCUGCGCUGCAAACCUCUAACAGACUUCUAGAAACCUCAUGCGGAUCUCCCCAUUACGCGUCGCCUGAGAUUGUUAUGGGCAAAUCUUACAACGGUGGCCCAAGUGACGUUUGGUCUUGUGGUAUAAUUCUCUUCGCUCUUUUAACCGGACACUUGCCAUUUAACGAUGACAAUAUUAAAAGGUUGCUUCUUAAAGUGCAAUCCGGCAAUUUUCAGAUGCCUCAGGCAAUUUCGGCGGAAGCAAAAGACCUGCUGUCAAAAAUUUUGGUGGUGGAUCCCCAGAAGAGAUUGUCAAUCAAUGAAAUCUUGAUUCAUCCGUUGCUCACAAAAAGAAGUAACAAACGUAGUAAAUCCAACUCUGACUUACACAUUUUGAAUCAUUCCUUGCCUCAUAUCGAAACCCCGAAGAAUGAGAAAGACGUGGAUCCCACAAUCCUACAAAACUUGCAAAUUUUAUGGCAUGGUGCCCCAAAGGAAUUCAUUUUGAGGAGGUUGCUUGAUCCAAAUUUCACUGAAGAGAAGACAUUUUACUCGUUACUUUUGGCCUAUCAACAAAGACAAUUGAAACAAAGUCAAGCGCAGGCAACAUCUACCAUCAGUGCGCCGAAAAUUAUGCAAAAGUCACAAUUCAGCGUUCCAUCUAUCAAAUCAAAGUCCUCAGCUGGUAAAGAGCAUGUCGCGUCGUCUUCUCGAAUAUUCAAAUCGCGGUCCAAAAAGGCGAUUCACGUUUCAGCUUCAAAGAAAUCCUUGCACAGCUCAUCGUCCAAGAAAUCUUUGACGUCACUUGCGACCUCCAUUUCUAAGAAAGCACCCAAACUAUCUCUUCAGGAUCAACCUCUUCCGUCUAAAAUGUCAUUGUAUUCUUUGAACUCCAUUUCCAAACGCUCCGUGAAUUUGAAAGACCAUCUUCAUGAGGAAGAACAACCACCACUACCAAAACAAUCAGAAUUCGAAAAUAUUUGUGAAGAAAUAUUGUUCGGAACUAGCCUCUCUAAUGAAACAGAAGAUGAACAAAACCAAGGUACACCAAAUACAAGUCAGGAAACAUUAAAGAUUGCUCAAAGUCCUUUGAAAGCGGAGCCAAAAACAAGCGUAGCACCAUUCAAACAUGAAGAAACUUUUUCGCAGGUCGAAAAGAAGCCAUUGCCACAGGUUAGCAAACUCAAGCUUACACCAUCAAGUCGAGAUCUUAGAAUUACGUCAGCACCCUCUGGUAAAGAAAGUGGAUCCUUGUCCUUAGAUCCGCGAAGAAAUGUCUCGCAACCAAAUUCUAUUGAAAUGUUGUUGAACAAGUACAGUCUGCGAGCACAUUUGAAGUCUAAAACCAAUCUAAAAAAGAUGAGAAAUAGCGGGAAUUGGGAACACGAAGAGAUGGAUCUAAAACAAGCGUCCCGCGAUUUUGAUUAUGAUUCAUCUGCGAUCGAUGCUAACGGCACGAAAGAGUUCAUGCAGAAUCAGGAUAGUACAAAUAUCACCAACGUACUUGCACACUCUAGCGUCAUCAAAGCGGGAAAUCAAAAGACAUCGUUAAAUGCUGAGCCGCAUGCGCAAAACAAUGACACAUAUUGCCCAACAUCUUUAUCUUCCGCCAAAUUCAAUAGCUCCACAACGUUCAAAAACCUUAAACAAUUCUUGCCCGAUGGAGAAAACACCACCACGCGGGCGUCCUCUGUUGUUCACCGUCCAGUCACGAAUUCAGUCAAAAUCAAUAACCUCAGUGUAUCGCGAAAGUCAUCAGCCAAAACAUUUCAAGUGACCAAUUUUGCCGGGCAAAGGUUACGUAAGAUGAGCACAGUGAGCAAUUUUGAUGGUCGCUCAGACCUGCUAUCUGAUAUGUCAUUUGCUAUGGACAUCCCUAUGGAUACUUUCACCGCGCAAGCUUUCCAUAUCACCAACGAAGGAUCCACGAAGCAGGCUGAACAUGCGAAACGGCCGGUCCUACUUCAGGAAGAACUCUUGGAGGACGAUAUUAAUAUUUUUGAGGAUGCUGCUUGUGAUAAUGCUUCCGUUGCAACCAGCUCCUCGGGGUUGGACUCUCAACCUCAUGUUCACAGAAAGGCAACAUCUAUCGAUACUUUGAACACUACAAGUGUUCUGACCCCAACAACGGAUGUUAGAGUAUCACUAUAUGCGAAUAACAUGGUAUCAUCUGCUAAGCUACCUAGAGAAACGACCGAGGAGAUUAUUUCGAAGUUCAGGCUUUCUCCCGAGAAAGCUUCCAUCCCGCCCCAGAAAAGGUUUUCUUAUCAAAGAGCUAGAGAUUCCCUUUCUCAAAGCGUCAUGUCAAUGUUUAAAGAUCUGGAUGACGAUGAGAACGGUGAUGUCCUUAAUGAAAAUUACCUAGUUGAAUUCAAAGGAAUUGAUGAAGUUCACGAUUUACCGAGAGAUGCUUCUGGUAGCUUAAAUGAAGCUGUAUUGAACAAAGAACAAGCCUCGAAGAAGCGAGUAACGAUGUUAUUUGACGAUGAGACUGGUAAUGUAUUCAAGUCCUCUCCCGUAAAAGGUCAGACUACAAAGCUUGCAGAUACCACAGCCACUAACCAAAAUUCAUCAAUAACUUUGCCAAAGACCUUCACCAAAAGCAAGUUAGAUCCGGUUGAGGAAAAUGUCUCGCCAGUGUCAGUUCGACAACAACAUCAACCUUUGAGGCCUGCCCCGCCUCCUCCGUCGAAAGAAACAUGGUUUGCAAAGUUCAUUCGCACUAUCACCCCAGGUUCAACGGCUAAAGAAGCACUCAUUAGAGACCAUCAGACAAAACUGGAGUUUGAAGACGUUCACAUAGUGAUGUUGCGCGAAUUUUCAAAGCACUCUAUUGACUACAAACUAAAGCGCUUGGACAGGCGCGGCAAUCAUAGUCGCGCUGACUACAAUUGUAGAUUUGUCCAAGGCCAAUUCCGUUUCAAGAUACACUUUGAUGGAAAUAGCAAAGGUACAAACAUUCACAUCAAGAAAAAGGGUCAACAAGACAAGACUGCUUUCGAAAAGUUCAAUGAUGACGUUUCGAGAGUUUUGAAGAUGGCGGAGUCGAAAACUUAA